AUGGGCGCAGACGAGGAGGAGCACCAGUGCCCUGUGUGGAAGCGCGAGCAUGAGGAGGGGGAGGAGCCCGCGGCCGCCGACGAGAAGCGCCCGCGCAGGGCGGGUGAAUCGGAGAGCGCCUCGCUGCUGGGGCUCGCCAACUACGCAGACGAGGAGGAGGAGCGCGGGGAUGGGGAUAAGGUUAAAAUUCUGGACAAGAACAAGCAAUGGUCAAGAGCUCUGGAUGGCUCCAAUUAUUUACCUGGAAUGGUUGGUCUUAACAACCUUAAGGAGACUGACUUUGUGAACGUCACAAUACAAUCACUGAUGAGGAUUACCCCUUUGAGAAAUUUCUUUCUUAUACCUGAAAAUUAUCAGCAUAGCAAAUCCCCACUAGUUCAUCAGUAUGGAGAACUAACUUGGAAGAUUUGGCAUGCUAGGAACUUCAAGGGACAAGUUAGUCCACAUGAGUUCCUUCAAGCUGUUAUGAAGGCUAGUGAGAAGAAGUUUCAGAUUGGUGUACAAUCUGAUCCAGUAGAGUUUAUGUCAUGGCUCUUGAACACACUGCAUGCGAAGCUAUGAACUUCAAAGAAGAA